CAAAGUAAUAGUAAAAAUCAAUCUUCAUGCAGCUCACAUUUUUUUAGAAACAGGUUUUGAAAAGUUGUUGUGUAUGCUUUUUUGGCCUUGAUAUCUAUUAGUUCUCAUUUGUAUGACGGGUUUAGGGUUUGAUAGCAGGGACGAACAACAUCAAGAUGGUCAACGAACCAGCGAAAGCAUUCGAUUCUCAUAAGUAAAUGCCUUCGAAGAACAGAAGAGCUGAAAGAAGAGUAGUGCCAUGAUGGCUUCCGAAGCAGUUUCCUCCUCCGUGCGCGUGAAGCACGAACACGCGCACGAACGCAUACCCGUGCCUUCGCAGUACGUCGAUAGCUUCGACGAGCAUGAGCCCCGGCCGACGUCGUACAACAAGCGCGUCACAGCGCCCUCUUAUUCCCAGGCGGAGAAGGUUCUGCAUAUGCAUGACGACUUCCAGAUCUUCCACCCCGCACCCUGGCAAAUCGUGGAGGCCCCGGAGGGCGCACGCGCAGAAGAGAACAAGGAGGACGAUAUCCGCGCUUACAUGAGGACGGGCAUGACGCGCGAGCAGGCGGAACGGCAAUGGCAUGAGGUCAAUGACGAAACACCUGGGCGGCGGCGGAACAAGAGAAGGGGGCGCGUUAACCUGCACGCAAGGCGGAAUGGGAGUAACGAAGGAGCGGAACAAACUAGACAGCAACUCGAACAAGAACGUCCACCCGCCUCCACGUCGUCCAGCUUUAUGUCGCAGGACUCCAAUGUGUAUCCGCCAUCGGGAAACGAAAUCAUGGUAGAGAAUCUGUUCGAGGAGCUGUUUGAGCGAGAGGAAGCAGAAGAAGCGGAAUUGAAACGACUGCGACAAGAGCGGGAUGAGGAGAAAGAGCGGACGGAGAAAAAUUCGAUGUCUAUUUCGGUGGCUGCGAACAACGACGAAAAUAAAAUCAUGAUCGCGGUGGAAAACAACGUCGCUGGUGCAAGUUCAGCUUCAGGCUCAGCCGCAGCUUCGGCGUCGGGCUCCGUAAAUUAUGGAGUCGCGGCCGCGAACCACAGCACUACAAGGAACUGCAAUAAGACUGUUCUUGAAGAGAGCACAACCAUCCGGUCGGCCGACGGAGACGUCGACCCCACGGAAAGUCAGAGCAAUAUCAUUAACAAGGAUGGUGUGAUUGGUAUGGAAAAUAAACAGGAGAUCAUGGUGGAGAAUACGACAAAUCCCGUAUCGUCCAAGAAGCCUCCGGUCAAAAACAAGUUCACCGUAAAAAAGACCGGCACCGAGCAGCUUGAGCGACUGCUCUUCGGGGAUGAUGAUGAAGAUGACGGAACUUCUCCGGCAGGAAUGAUGAAUGCUGAAGACCAGAGGUGUAAUUCUGUUUCUGCAUCGUCGCACGAGCAGAAUCUAAUACUUCAUUCUGCUCGUGCUCCCGCCAAUGGAGAUGCUCUUGUUCCUGCUGCUCCGCUAAUUCCCGUAUCGACGAACAAUAAUUUUAGGACGUACAAUCAAGGCAAAGACGACGACGACGACGAUGAGUUGUUUGAUCAAAUCGACAAGUUGAAACGACAAGAGGUGGCGGAGUCCAAGCAGAACAAAAAUCUUCCAGGCGGGCAACACGGUGCCUUCCUCGGAGGCACCGCGUCUUGUUUCACCACUUCGUUUCCACCCGGUGCUCGGGGGCAAACGGCCCAACCUUUUCAGUUCAACCAGCCACUGCCAGGACAGAACAUGGCUCCGCAACGGAGUCGGAACGUUCUCACCGACGAAGAGGCGAGACAGAAGCAAGCAGAGCUCGUCGCAGAAGCAAGCAGAGGAAAACAGCCACAAGUUGAAGUUCAUCCAAUUGCAGGAGCCACGACGGGCGAUAUUACUAGUUGUGGCAAUAGGACGGGUGCUGACCCAAAGCAGAUUUUGAUCUCUUCGUCGCCUUCGCCUUGCAGACACGACCCCGUUGCACUACAGGACGCCCUGCGACCGCAGGGUGUUGUAGGGGCACAAGCACAACAGGAGCAGCAAAGCAGCCAUGAUGUAUUCAUGCAACCACAACCAGGGUCAGGGUGUGCAGCUGCGCCAGCAGUAGUUAUGUCUGAAAAUAACAACCUCAUCCAGCAUGAUGUUGACCUCCAGAAGAGACUGUCCGAAAGUCAGAAUGCUAACCCCUAUGCCGGAGUUCUUACAGUGGCUGCAGUUCCGGCAGACACUGCUGCGUCGCAACCCCUCCCGGGGGAUAUCGCUAGAAGUUCCGUUGCCGGGAGUAGAGUGAGUGCGACCAACAACAAUCCCUACAGCAAUGGGAAUUUCAACAACACUCAUUCCGGGAACGUGAAUCAAACAACGCGCUUACCAGACCAACCGGCAUGCUUCAACCCGAGUCGGUCGCAGGGCGGUGCGAGCAACGACAGCAAUGAUUUCAUGGGUAAGGUUGGGGGAAUUGUCACGGGGCUGGCAGGUGCAGUUCCUGUGCCUGUUGGUUCGGGAAUGAACAAGGGAACCAAUGACAUGGCGUUGAACACGACGACAAUGACAGGUGCUGCACAGUUCGGAGGGGGGAAUACAGCUGCACAUGUUGGGAUGAGGAUGUUUGCCUCUGCUUCUGCUGCAGCAGGGCCGGGGCACCACAACUUUCCGCAUACCAUGCAGGGCCCCCCGGCUUUCAAUACGCCUAGUAACGGAAUGAUGCUGCCGCAGCAGAACCAACAGCAACAAAACCAACAGCAGCAGCAGCAGGCAGUGCUAUUUGGUAGUGGUUUUCUGAACAAUAGCUCGGGAAUUGCGCCGCACCAGCACAAUCCGGGCAGUUUUGGAGGUUUUCAGCAAAGCGGUAGUUUCAGUUUCCCGACUAAUCAGUUUCAGUUUGCGCACGCACAGGGACAGCAGCAGCAGCGGCAGCAGCAGCAAUAUCAGGCCGCGCCGCAGCUCGGGCAACAACAUCAGGUCGAUGUACAAGGUCAUCAUCAACAAAUGCACGGCCAGCUGCAACAAAUGCACGGCCAGGGUGGGCACCAAAUGCAGGGUCAACAACUACACCAGGGGGCGCAAGCUGCGCAUUUCCCGCAGCUGCCGCAACAGCAACAGCAGGAACAUGUGAAUACGGGGGGACAGUUCGGCGCAGCAGCCCAGCACCAGCCGCAGCUCGGACAAGCACAGCAGGCGUUCGCAGCGCAACAGCCGGGCUCUUCGCAGCCGCCAAACCCGCUACCACCCGUGAGUCAGUUUGUGAGUUGUACUAGUGGCAACCAGCAGUUUGCGUUUGGAUCCACAUUCGGAACUGGGGCUCCACGUGCGCCCGCAAACCAAGGAGGUUUUUUUGGCGCCGCGGGAACGACCGGCUUCGGGGGAUCGGGAACAACUUCGAAUUUUUGCGUGCGUCCGGGGCCUUACGGAGCAGGCGGGGCAGCAGCACCAGCAGGUUUUCGUGCGCCGGGAAUGACAACAGGAGUAGCUGCCCCCGCAGGUGGUGGAUCCAAGUCAGUGGUGUCUUUCGCGCAAAGCUAUCCACAGUAAAUUUCCUGUACACGUACAAAUGCAGUCUCUGCAUGACAAAACUUGCCUUCAGUCCUAGUGUAGCAUGACAAGUUGGACACUGCAAGUUAGCGAAAUUUGUCAUGCAUUUAUGUACAUGUGCAGGAAAUUUACAUUGCAUAAAAGCAGCAUGGCCGGGUCCACGUCGUCCGCGUUCCCAAGCAUAGCGGAGGUCGCCCAGCAACUGCAGCUCCAGCCGUAUUCCCUAGCUGACGCGCGAGUACCCAGAGACACUAUGGCGGUCCAGCUCGUCUGCGCCGGCGACUACUUGGCCGCACGACGCGCCAUUGAGUAUCAAAAGUAAAAUAAAUCCCCCCUUCUCCCGCCGCCCAUAUGAAAAUCGAAAUCUGCGAUGCGGGAUUUGUGUACACAAACCGAAUCUGUCUUGCGGUAGAGCACUGCGCGCUGAUCUUAACGAAGCCUGGGUAAGGGUCUUGUGGUGUAGGCGCUUAGAAGCAUGACAGACGUCUGCACUGUAGGCCUUACAGCGUUACGAAUCGCCUGCAUCACUCGGCGGGCUCUCUGGGUUUGCAUUCUUGUAAAACAGACGAGAUUUGUGUUGACAGAUCUGCGGCGCGAAUUUUCAAAAGGCUGCGCUUUCGAUCUGGCGAGGGGGGAUUUUUCCUCACAAUAUCGAGCACAUCCUGCGGUGGCCGGUGGUGAGCUGUGUUUGCCUCGCUGCGGAUGACGCGGAAGAGGCCGCGAUCCGGGCGCAGAUACAGAACGCAGACCGGGAAAGGGCUAGUGCGACUGGUGGAAGCGCCACCAGCCAAGCUCUGAACGACUUCUGGACCAAGACCACGCACAUCGAACGAAUCGACUUCCGGCAGCUGCUGACGACGCAACAAUCCGGGGAACAACAAGAGGGCACUAGUAGUACACCUACGUCGAGUAGUUGUGCGCAGAUUUUUGAGCAGAUUCGGAAAAUCACCGAGGAGGACUCUGUUUUGUCCCAGCACGCGACCUGUUUCCUGGACUGCAUGCCGCCACAGAAUGUUUACCACGUGGCGCGAUUGCUAGUUGUCAGCGACCCGAUCAGCGCGACGAGCCAGCACGAGACCACGAAGCUCCCCUUCGUACUGCAAGGGAUGGAGCGGGACAGGGCGGUCGCGCCGAGUCGACGGCUCGCGAUCCAGCGCAAUUUGCUGCAAAUCGUGGACCAAUUGCACCUGCAACAGUUUGUGUCCUGCUCCGGUCAGCGGCUGCACUUUCUACCUGGCAGCAACCUCGGCGUUUUGUUUUCUUCCAGUCUCGGAAACCUCCUGGCGGCCAAGGCCAACUCCCGUGCCUGCCGCGGGGGCCGGGGGUACUUCACAAAUUUCGGAAAAACCGGCGCCGGUCCGAUUCCGCUGCCGGAACCGGGAAUGACGCAGAACCUCGGCGACAGUGGCUUUUUGCCAAGCGGAAUGUCGCCGGGAGAAGAUGUGCCGCCUUUGGAGCACUUGGCAGCUGUGCUGCAGAUGUUGCUGCAGUAAUGUUGAUGUAAAGAGAUGGAACUGGAGGUGCAGGUUCUUCCUGUGUUGACAAGACUGUUUCUGGUGCAUGUGUGAAAGCAGGACGACCGCCGGGGAGAACUUGAACUUCUACUCGCGAUGGAUUUGUUGUUUUGCGACCUCCAUCUAUGGAUUUGUUGUUUUGCUGAUGCCGCUUUAACAUAGUCGCGGUUCUUGCAGGUCAGCGGAACUACGGCGCAUACACGAAGCAACACGACAAUCACGGCUUUUUUGAAAGAGAAUACUAUGAUAACAACAUAGAGAAGCCGAGGAUCUCCUUCCUGAAGAUGUGCGGAGCGGUAGGCGCUUGCAUGUCGCAGAUGAUGGUCGCUCCUUCCUUGAACUUAUUUCCUCAUUUACAUACCAGUACUGCUACUGUUGAUUUUUGAGCUUUGUGAGUCAUGUUGCAAGAUUUUUGGGGAUAAAAAUUGAAAAAGAGGAAAACUGUAUGUACAAAUGUCGCCAGAGGAGGUUGCGGC